ACCUACCUCACCCUGCCUGCGAGAUCAUGCUUCCAUAGAGUCCUUGCACAAGUUAUUUUUUUUCUUUGGCGUUGUCGUUUUCGACGAGAAAAAUGCGGUUCUUCAAGUCGCUCUCCCUUCUGUUGGUGGCCUGUGUCGGUGUAGCCUCCGCAAAGAGCGCCGUGGGCGAUAGAGUGUUGGUUGUGCUUGAAGACGAGGCGCAGAAGGGACACUAUUCCAAGUUCUGGGCCGAUCUGGAAGCCCGCGACUUUCAGUUGACGUUUGAAUCCCCGAGGAAGGACGACGUUUCGCUCUUCCGACAUGGACAGUUGGCCUAUGAGCAUGUACUUCUGACACCACCAAAGUCGAAAGGCUACGGACCGUCAUUGACUCCCAAAAUCCUCCUCGACUACGUCAACGCGGGUGGGAACGUUCUCCUUGGGUUGUCAUCCGAAUCCGGAACACCCUCUGCCAUUUCGGCCCUCCUCCUCGAAUUCGACAUCUCCCUCCCUACCGAUAAGACCUCGGUCGUCGUGGACCAUUUCAACUACGACACCGUCUCCGCGGCGGAGAAGCAUGACGUUCUGCUCCUCGACCGUCCCGGCCCAGUGAGACCUGAUGCGGUCAACUUCUUCGGUGGUGAUGGAGUAUUGGCGGUUCCGAGAGCAGUGGGACAGACGCUGGGCAAUGCCAGUCCUCUGAUUGCGUCGAUCCUGAAAGCACCCACGACCGCUUACGCGUACAACCCGAAAGAGUCGGCCGAGAGUCUGGAAGAGCCGUUCGCGACCGGCACACAGCUGUCGCUCGUCUCUGCCAUGCAGGCUCGGAACUCUGCUCGCUUCGUCGUUCUUGGAUCGCUGGAAAUGCUACAAGACAAGUGGUUCGACGCUUCCGUGAAGUCGUCGUCUGGCAAGAACGUCAAGACCGUGAACCAGCAGUUUGCGAGGCAAUUGACCGAAUGGGCUUUCAAGGAGGUGGGUGUGUUGAGGGUCCUGAGCGUGCAACACCAGGAGGUCUUCUCGAGCAGGAUCACCGCCCCCGGUACUUGCAGCACAUGUCCUGCUCCUUCCUCCAAUAACACCGAGGUUACGGGAUACGGAGACUACAAUCCUGAAAUUUACAGGAUCAAAAAUGAUGUGAAAUACUCGAUCGAGAUUUCCCAGUACACCCGGGACCACUGGGAGCCGUUCACGAUCCCGGCAAACGACGAUCUCCAGCUGGAGUUUUCGAUGCUCUCGCCCUUCCACCGGAUCCCGCUUUCGCCCGCCGCCACCACCCCGAACAGCACCGUGUUCAGCACCACCUUUACGACACCCGACCAGCACGGCAUCUUCGCCUUCAAGGUCAACUACAAGCGACCCUUUCUGACCCCCAUUGAAGAAAAGAACCAGGUCACGGUGCGCCACUUUGCGCACGACGAGUGGCCACGGUCUUGGGCCAUCUCCGGCGCGUGGCCCUGGAUCGGGGGUCUGUGGAGUGUCAUUGUCGGAUUCGUCUGUUUUACAAUCCUCUGGUUGUACUGUGAACCUCCCAAGGAGGAACUCGAGAGGAGACGGAGGUUGAGUGUGGGCUCCUCGAAAUGAGCCAAACAAGAAACAUAUUCGAUGUGUUUGACCAGGUUUUGAACAAGGGUAUGGGGUGGGAAAAUGUAUUUUAUGGAACACCAAUAAAAACAGAAGAAAGGAUACAGAAAAUUCCAACAUUGGUCAAGUAUGGACUUUUGAUUAUGCCGACUUUUGAUUGUCUUUCGCGUAAUACAUUAUAGUACAUACAUAUCUGGUGACAGAGUG